GCCUCCUCUCAAUUAGCCGUUCGCCACUGCCAACCUCUCGACUCUCUCUCCGUCUCUGUUUCGCCAUUGCCAACAAGCUACGAACACAUCUCGAAAACCAAACCAAUCUCUCAUCUUUUUGAUUUAGAUAUCAAAGGAAAACAUAUCCAUUGACAGAUAAAUGGCCAUAGAGCAGUACUUUGAGGAGGCCUUGUCUCAAAAUGACUCAUUUGGAGAGGAUAAGUCUUCCCUAGAAAAGUGGAAAUCUGUCUCUGAUGCAUUCGCAUAUGCUGAAAAUAAUACCUCGGAUGGGUUUGAUUGCAACAUCUGUCUAGAGACUGUGCAAGAUCCAGUGGUGACACUCUGUGGUCACCUGUACUGCUGGCCCUGCAUUUACAAAUGGCUUCAUUUCCAGAGCGAAUCUUGUGAAGAUCAAGACCAGCAACAGCAGCAAUGCCCUGUAUGCAAAGCUGAGAUUUCCCAAACAUCCCUAGUCCCACUCUAUGGCAAGGGCCAAAAGACAAAACUUUCUAAAGGCAAAGCCCCUAGUCUUGGGAUAGUCAUACCUCGAAGACCUCUUGGUCCUGUUAGUGGUUUUGACACACCAAGAUCAACUCAGCAAUUUUACCAGGAAAAUUAUUCGUAUCAAGGACAACAAUACCACCCCAACUCAGACCAUUACAAUACUUUUUCGAUGCUCAACCCAGCCGAUACAACGGCAAAUAUGUUUGAUUCACGGAUUGGUGUGUUUGGAGAAAUGGUGUAUGCAAGGGUCUUCAAAAACACCGUAACAAACGUAUAUACAUAUCCAAAUUCAUACCAUCUUUCAGGGAGCAGUAGUCCAAGAGUCAGAAGGCAUGUAAUGCAGGCUGCUAAGUCGCUCAACAGAAUCUGUUUUUUCAUCUUCUGUUUCUCCAUCUUAUGUCUUCUUUCGUUCUGAAUCUCUCUUCCUGCCCCUAUUGUAUGCUGUUGAAAAAAUUAUGAGUUUUCGAGAUGAUGGACAUCUUUAUUUCAGCCGGAUGUACUACUAGAUGUUAGGGAUAUUGAAUUUCCAGUGGCAGGGCUGUGAUUGUAUGUAAUUAUUAUUAAUAUUAUUUUCCACAACUACGGCUAUAUGCAAGAGAGGACUCUUUUUACAA